AGAUGGAGUUCGUGCUUCUUGAGUAGUGUCUUUCCGUAUGAUUAAAAUAUCUAUGGCCUCCAUGAUGGCAAAUGACAACAAUCAACAAUGGAAUUUUGACAUUUCUCAAAUCGUACGUCGCCUAACCUUAAAAUUUUAUAAUUAUAUUAAAUCAAAAAUAAAUAGAGUUGUGAUAGUACAAUUAACAAUGUGAUUUUUUAUUAUUCUUGUACAAUAUCGUUUAUAAUAAUACUCAAUAUAUAUAGUUUAAGUUAAAAUGGUUAGUUUAAAUAAGUCAUUUCUCUAUGGAAUUUGCUUUGCUUCACUAACAUGGGUAAUCUCAUUAUAUUUAUACUUUCAAUUAACGAAAAAUGAUAUUAUAUCUAAUAAAAUACCCACGCAACAGUCAUGGGUGUAUAAAAGUAAUUUGAUUGAACCGUUACAAAAAUACUCCAAGAACAAACUCGCAAUGAAAGUACCAAGUAAUAAUUAUGCAAACAAUUAUAAUCUCAUUAAAAAACUGCAACCUGUCUUAGCAACUCCUGAAGGAUCUGAUAAAGUUGAAGAAGAAUUAGUACGCUUAGGAAUGGUAAAUAAUAUGGCAGAUUUACAAAUUAAAGAAGAAGGAUAUAAAAUGUAUGCAUAUAAUGUACUGAUUAGUAAUAGAUUAAGCUAUAACCGUAGUAUACCUGAUACAAGGAACAAAUUAUGUCGAGAUAUUAAAUAUGAUAACGAUUUGCCAAAUGCUAGCAUUAUAGUAUGCUUUUAUAAUGAACAUUUGAACACAUUAUUGCGAACAAUUUAUUCAAUAUUAAAUAGAACUCCCAGUCAUCUGCUAGAAGAGAUAUUACUAAUAAAUGAUCAAAGCGAUAUACCUAAUCUACACGAAGAUGUGGAUGAAUAUAUCAAAAAGAACUCUCUAACCAAAGUACGGUUGUUUAAACCUGAAACAAGACAAGGUUUAAUCAGGGCUAGAAUAUUUGGUGCUAGAAGAGCCCAAGGCAAGGUUUUAAUAUUCUUGGAUAGCCAUGUAGAAGUAAAUGUUGGUUGGAUAGAGCCGCUACUAAGUCGAAUAAAAGAGAAAGAAUCAAAUGUUGUGAUGCCUAUCAUCGAUAUUAUAAAAGCAGAUACUUUUGUGUAUUCCUCAAGUCCGUUAGUCAGAGGUGGUUUCAAUUGGGGUUUACAUUUUAAGUGGGAAAAUUUACCGAAAGGAACAUUAGAUAAGAAGGAAGAUUUUGUGAAACCUAUAAAAUCCCCUACAAUGGCAGGGGGCUUAUUUGCGAUAGACAGGGGCUAUUUUAUCGAUACUGGGGAAUAUGACGCCGGUAUGAAUAUAUGGGGGGGCGAAAACUUAGAAAUAUCUUUUCGUAUAUGGAUGUGUGGUGGAUCAAUCGAGAUAAUACCAUGCAGUAGAGUUGGACACAUUUUCAGAUCAAGAAGGCCGUACGGUUCUCCCGACGGACAAAACACGAUGCUCUACAACUCACUCAGAGUUGCCUACGUCUGGAUGGACGAUUACAAAGAACAUUUCCUCAAUCAAAACAAAGAUGCUAAAGAUGUAGAUUUCGGUGAUAUUUCUUUAAGACUCCAGCUGCGUAAAGAACUAAAGUGCCACGAUUUCGAAUGGUACCUGAAAAAUGUUUAUCCCGAGCUAACCCUUCCCACUGACGAUGAGGAACGUCUCAAGAAAAAGUGGUCCGCAAUCGAACAAGACAAAUAUCAACCCUGGCAUUCACGAAAACGUAAUUAUUUGGCUGAAUAUCAAAUAAAACUCUCCGAUACGGAUCUCUGUGUUCAGAGUAUGAAAGAUGUGAAGAUAAAGGGUAGCAAGUUGGCACUGAGGCCUUGUAAGAAAACCAAAAGGCAACUUUGGUAUGAAAGUGAUAAAAACGAGCUCGUGUUGGCACAACUGCUAUGUUUGCAGGCUGGAAAAUCAGCUCCGAUUGUGUAUAAAUGCCAUGAAAUGGGAGGGGAUCAGGAGUGGAGACACAAAGGAGGGAAGAAAUCUCCAAUAUAUAACAUUGCGGCUGGCACAUGUCUAGGCGUUAAUAAAAAAGUGGUCAAUGCAACUCUAGCAAUGAAGUUGUGCAAUGAUCCAGAACCCAGUUACUUAAACUGGGAUUUAGUUGCGUAUUAGAAAAUAGGAUAUUUUUAGAUCUGAAUAUUUUAAGACUGAACAAUGAAUUUAGCAUGACAAUUUGAACAAAUUCUGUUAAAAAUUAUAUAAUUUUCUCAUUGAAAUAAAGUUAUUUUUGUAAUUUUUAUAAGAUGUUUUUGAUAUAUUGCAGGUUUGACAAAAUAUGAUUUUUAAAAAAAUUAGCAGCAUAAUUGAUAUGCUUUGGUCGUUGUAAGCUGAUAGAAAUGUACAUACGUUGUAAAAAUAUAUUAUCACUGGACAAAUUGUAUCAGUAACUUUUAAUUAAUUAUAUGGGUGUAUAAUUUUGUUGCUACUAAGAAAAUGUGGUAAUUUUGGUUAA